CGCCCCUAAAAUCUGUUUUCAAUUUUACAGAAAUCUUUUGAAAUUUGGCACAGUAUUCAAAAGUCCGUGGAAAGAAAAAAAAAAUUAAAAAAAAAAACUUGUCCUAGCUUCAGCUUCCAACUGAGAAAACAGACUUGCUUCUUUUCAACAGUUUUCACAGAUCCAGUGACCCAAGUUCUGAAGUCAGAAUUAGCUAACUUUUAAAGACAUCUGGAAAAAUGAAGACAUGGCAAAAAAUUGUUUUUGGAAUUUCUAUCUCUGCUGUGCUUGCUUUAUUGGUGAUGUGUCUUGUCUUGCGUCCUUCAAAAGUUCAUAACACUGAAGAAAGCACAGCAAAAACACUCACAUUGAAGGAUAUUCUAAAUGGAACAUUUUCUUAUAAAACAUUCUUUCCAAACUGGAUUUCAGGGCAAGAAUAUCUUCAUCAUUCUUCAGAUGAUAAUAUAGUACUUUAUAAUAUUGAAACAGAAGAAUCAUAUACCAUUUUGAGCAAUGUCACUAUGAAAAGUGUGAAUGCUUCCAGUUAUGGCUUAUCACAUGAUCGACAAUUUGCAUAUCUAGAAAGUGACUAUACAAAGCUUUGGAGAUACUCUUAUACAGCAACAUAUCACAUCUAUGACCUCACCAAUGGAGAAUUUGUAAGAAAAAAUGAGCUUCCUCGUCCAAUUCAGUAUUUAUGCUGGUCACCUGCUGGGAGUAAAUUAGCUUAUGUCUAUCAAAAUAAUGUGUAUUUGAAACAAAGGCCAGAAGACCCACCUUUUCAAAUAACAUAUAAUGGAAAAGAAAAUAAAAUAUUUAAUGGAAUCCCAGACUGGGUUUAUGAAGAGGAAAUGCUUGCUACAAAAUAUGCUCUCUGGUGGUCUCCUAAUGGAAAAUUUUUGGCAUAUGUAGAAUUUAAUGAUACAGAGAUACCAGUUAUUGCAUAUUCCUAUUAUGGUGAUGAACAAUAUCCUAGAACAAUUAAUAUUCCGUACCCAAAGGCUGGGGCUAAAAAUCCUGUUGUUCGGGUAUUUAUUAUUGAUACCACUUACCCUGAAUAUGUAGGUCCCAGAGAAGUACCAGUUCCAGCAAUGAUAGCCUCAAGUGAUUACUAUUUUAGUUGGCUUACAUGGAUUACUGAUGAACGAAUAUGUUUACAAUGGCUAAAAAGAAUCCAAAAUGUUUCCGUCUUGUCUAUAUGUGAUUUCAGGGAAGACUGGCAGAUGUGGAAUUGUCCAAAGACCCAGGAACAUAUAGAAGAAAGCAGAACUGGAUGGGCUGGUGGAUUCUUUGUUUCAACACCAGUUUUCAGCUAUGAUGCCACUUCAUACUACAAAAUAUUUAGUGACAAGGAAGGAUACAAACAUAUUCACUAUAUCAAAGACACUGUGGAAAAUGCUAUUCAAAUUACAAGUGGCAAGUGGGAGGCCAUAAAUAUAGUAAGAGUAACACAGGACUCGCUGUUUUAUUCUAGCAAUGAAUUUGAAGGAUAUCCUGGAAGAAGAAAUAUCUAUAGAAUUAGCAUUGGAAGCUAUCCUCCAAGCAAGAAGUGCAUUACUUGCUAUCUGAGGAAAGAAAGGUGCCAAUAUUACGCAGCAAGUUUCAGUGACUAUGCCAAGUACUAUGCACUCAUCUGCUAUGGGCCAGGCCUCCCCAUUUCCACCCUUCAUGAUGGCCGUACUGAUCAAGAAAUUAAAAUCCUGGAAGAAAAUAAGGAAUUGGAAAAUGCCUUGAAAAAUAUUCAACUUCCUAAGGAAGAAAUUAAGAAACUUCAAGUGGAUGAAAUUACAUUAUGGUACAAGAUGAUUCUUCCUCCUCAAUUUGACAGAUCAAAGAAGUAUCCCUUGCUAAUUCAAGUGUAUGGUGGUCCCUGCAGUCAGACUGUCAGGUCUGUUUUUGCUAUUAGUUGGAUAUCUUAUCUUGCAAGUAAGGAAGGAAUAGUCAUUGCCUUGGUGGAUGGUCGAGGGACAGCUUUCCAAGGAGACAAAGUCCUGUAUGCAGUUUAUCGAAAGUUGGGUGUGUAUGAAGUUGAGGACCAGAUCACAGCUGCCAGAAAAUUCAUAGAAUUGGGUUUCAUUGAUGAAAAGAGAAUAGCCAUAUGGGGCUGGUCCUAUGGAGGCUAUGUUUCUUCACUGGCUCUUGCAUCAGGAACUGGUCUUUUCAAAUGUGGCAUUGCAGUGGCUCCAGUCUCCAGCUGGGAAUACUAUGCAUCUAUCUACACAGAGCGAUUCAUGGGUCUCCCAACAAAAGAGGAUAAUCUGGAACACUAUAAAAAUUCAACUGUGAUGGCAAGAGCAGAAUAUUUCAGAAAUGUAGACUAUCUUCUCAUCCACGGAACAGCAGAUGAUAAUGUGCACUUUCAAAACUCAGCACAGAUUGCUAAAGCUCUGGUUAAUGCACAAGUGGAUUUCCAGGCAAUGUGGUACUCUGACCAGAACCACGGCUUAUCCGGCCUGUCCACAAAGCACUUAUAUACUCAUAUGACCCACUUCCUAAAGCAAUGUUUUUCUUUGUCAGACUGAAAAACAGACACAAACCUGUGUCACAAUCAUAUAAAAUUGUUUGCUUGUUUUACUUUUUAUGCUGUUAAAUGUUGGUAUAAACAAUUAAAUGAAUAUCAUGCUAAGGGGUGUGGGGUAGGGAUAUAAGGACUAAGUUAAACCUAAAUACUGUUUACAUUUUUUGCUACUCUGUGAAGGAAAUAGGAAAAAGCCAUUUGCUUUAGGCAUAAAUCGUGUUUUAUUUCCUGUUCAUUAGAAGACAAAAAUAAAGUUAGAAGUUUAAGAGCUGUUAUUUUGUGUCUGUGUGUGUGUGUGUUGAUUCUGAAUUUUAGCCUCUAGUAGAAAGAAAUGCAUGCAAGAGGUGGGCCCUAGAAGGUAGAAGAAGUUUUGGACUCGUAGUUAGAACUCCGAAUGAUGGAACAAAUGAGUGGCUCAGGAUGUCCAAAAACAGUGUUCAGAAGUUAAAUUUAGGCCAGAGAGACAGCAUAAUGGUUAUGCAAAAUGACUUUUCAUGUCUCAGACUCCGAGGACCCAGGUUCAAUUCCCAGCACCACCAAAAGCCAGAGCUGAGGAAAAAAAAAAAUGGUGUAUUGCACCAAAGUAAAAGACUAUGGGUUGGGGGAAAGGGUUCAGGUCCUGGAACAUGAUGGCAGAGGAGGACCUAGUGGGGGUUGAAUUGUUAUGUGGAAAACUGGGAAAUGUUACACAUGUACAAACGUUGUAUUUUACUGAAACUGUAAACCAUUAAUCCCCCAAAAAGAAAUUUAAAAAUAAUAAUAAUAAAAUAAAUAAAAUAAGAAGUUUCACAA